GAAAAGUCAUUUAAUUCUGUUGGAAAUUCCAUUCCUUCCCAUUGCCCAUUACCAACCUCAAAAGAUGACAUUCACAUUACGUAAGAACGAGAUCUUAAUCGACAUCCUAGUAAGACUACCUGCAAAAUCCCUCAUUCGGUUUCUAUGUACAUGCAAGUCGUGGAGUGAUUUGAUUGGCAGCUCAAGUUUUGUUCGCACACACCUUCAUAGGAAUGUCACAAAACAUGCUCAUGUCUAUCUACUUUGCCUUCACCACCCACAAUUUGAACGUCAGAACGACAAUGAUGACCCAUAUGAUAUAGAAGAACUUCAGUGGUCACUUUUUUCCAAUGAAAAGUUUGAGCAGUUCUCCAAUUUAAGCCAUCCUUUAGAAAACACAGAGCAUUUUAGAAUAUAUGGUUCAAGCAAUGGUUUAGUUUGCAUGUCGGAUGAGAUAUUGAAUUUCGAUAGUCCUAUACAAAUAUGGAACCCAUCGGUUAGGAAAUUCAGGACUCUUCCAAUGAGCACCAACAUUAACAUGAAAUUUUCCCAUGUUUCUCUCCAAUUUGGGUUCCACCCCGGGGUUAAUGACUACAAGGCUGUAAGGAUGAUGCAUACCAACAAAGGUGCCUUGGCAGUUGAGGUUUAUAGUCUUAAAACAGAUUGUUGGAAGAUGAUUGAAGUAAUUCCUCCUUGGUUAAAAUGCACUUGGAAGCAUCAUAAGGGUACAUUUUUUAAUGGAGUAGCAUACCACAUCAUUGAGAAAGGUCCUAUAUGCAGCAUUAUGUCAUUCGAUUCAGGCAGCGAAAAAUUCGAAGAAUUCAUAACACCAGAUGCCAUUUGCAGUCCACGGGAGUUAUGCAUUGACGUCUACAAGGAACUAAUUUGCUUGAUUUUUGGAUUUUAUGGUUGUGAUGAGGAGGGCAUGGACAAAGUUGACUUGUGGGUUCUGCAGGAAAAACGGUGGAAACAAUUGUGUCCUUUUAUUUUUCCUUUGAAUCAUUGUCAUCGUACAAUCGGGAUUAGUAUAGAUAAUGAACUCAUAAUGCAAAGAAGAGAUUUCAUUAAAGGAGUAGCAUAUCUGUAUUUGUGUAAUUACGAAUCCAAGCAAGUUCUUGAAACAGGAAUUCAAUUGGCCGUCAUGAGAUAUGGCGAAAUCGAAUUCUUGUUUGCAAUUACUUACACAGAAAGUUUGGUUUUGCUCAAUAGUUAUUAAACAGAUGUAUAUAAAAACUGUUUUUCUCUAUGUU